AAAAGAAGAAAAACUAACAUUCAUUCUCAAAGCUUAAUCACUUAUCUCCUGUUUACAAAUGGGUCGACCAGAACAAAAUCCAAUGUCUCAUGCACAACCUGUACCCGGACCGACUGGAAUACCAGGUCAACCAAUACCAAUGACCGGAGCCGCCAGCAACCAACCAUCAAAAUGGACUUCAGAACUUUUUGAUUGCAUGAACGACGGAGAAAAUGCUGUCAUCACAUGUUUCUUCCCGUUCAUCACGUUCGGACAGAUUGCAGAAGUUAUCGAUGAAGGCGCAAGCAGUUGUGGGACGAGUGGAAUGUUGUAUGGAGCAAUAUGCUGUCUAUUAGGGAUACCAUGUAUUUACUCAUGCACAUUCAGGGCUAAACUCCGAAACAAAUUCGGGUUACCGGAUGCUCCGGCUCCGGAUUGGAUCACUCAUUGCUUCUGUGAAUAUUGUGCACUUUGCCAAGAAUACCGUGAGCUCAAGAACCGUGGCCUUGAUCCUGCCAUUGGAUGGAGUGGGAAUCAGCAGAAACAGCGGAUGGGUCAGCAACAAGAGAUGAUGGCUCCCAUGGGCCAACGAAUGAUGGGUUGACUUGGAUGUGUUUUUUUUCUACAUUCUCUUGAUGUUAUUUUCUUCUUCUUCAUUAUUCUCUUUUCUGGUCAAGAAACAUUAUUCUCUUUAAUAAUGUAUUUUUUUUGUCAACCUUUAAUAAUGUAUUUAUUUGUGUGUAUUUUUUCUUUCUCUGAGUACUCAUCUAUUAAUUUUACGACCAAAAAUAAAUGUCAACCGGGCUUCGAAUU